AUGGCGGCCAUCAUGCAGGCUCUUGUACUGUUCAUUCUGAUUAUCGGUGAAGACAGACUCCUCUCCCCGAGUUCCAGCAAUGGUGUUGUUGCCUUCACCGAGGUACAUGAGGGUGUGAAUCGGGUUGACAGGAUGCCGCCUCCUCCAGCCCCGAUCCUUAGUCAUUCUCCCCACUAUAGAAGGGAUGUUCCAGUCCAGCCACCGGAGCCACCGAGUGAGCCGCCACGGCCGCCACCACGGCCACCAUCGGUAAAUGUCUUGCCACCGCCAGUUCCUCCACAUAUGUCACCUGUCUGGUCAUCACCACCAGGUCCGCCGCCGCCGCUGCCAGGUCUAUCUCCAGCACCGCCACCACUGGUAGGGGACUUUUAUUAG